AUGUCCUCAAAGCAAGCCUCUACCUCUGACUUGCGCGGUUUCUUUGGAUCUCAAAAUGGGGCGAAACCUGAUAAGAAGAAAACCCAAAUACUAAUCAGCGAUGACGAAGGCGACGAACCUCCUGCGAAGAGUCCUAACAAACCCAUCUCCAAGCCAGCUCCACUAAACACCUCCGAGCCAUCGCGAUCUCCUUCUCCUGUUCAAGGCCGAUCUACUGCAAAGCGCAAAUCCAAAGUUCUAAUGUCGAGUGAUGAAGAGGAUAAUGUACGGACGGCAUUCAAAAAAGCAGCAGUUUCCGCACCCUCAAAGCAAGGGGAUGAUGUAUCAACAGAACCCAAUGGUCAAGUAAAACCACUAGCUGGAAUGUCAAUAGUCUUUACUGGGGAUUUCGAAUGGGAACGUGAACGCUUGGCGGAUGCCACCAAGAAAAACGGCGGAGAGGUUCUGAAGCAACCGGGCCCGACUAUGUCCUUUAUUGUAGUUGGCAAGAAUGUCAGCCAAUCCAAACUUCAAGCGAUCGAAAAGAAGAAGUUGAAGACGAAAACUGAACAGGAGUUCAUGGAAUUAAUCAAGCCGAAAACUACACCGAUGUCUGAAAAACCAACUCCGGUUCUUAAGUCACCUCCAAAGAAAACCAACGCUUCCCGAAACCGGAAAUCUUCUCCAGUCGAGGAGGAAGCCCCAGAGCACAAACCAGCUCCCAAAGCGAAAAAGGACGUUCCUACUAAGAAACGGGGAUCUUCUCCAGUAGCCAGCGACGAUGACACGCCGGCCAAACCAGCUAUUAAAAAAGGUGGAUGGAACCGUCCGACGGGAGAUCAGAACUUUGAUGCAGCGAUGGCCGCAGCUAAAGCGGCAAAGGCAAGUGGUCCUAGUGCUCCGGGCUCAAAAGAAGUACCCAACGGUCAUCCCAACGCACUUGCCGGUUUAACGUUUGUAUUCACCGGAGAGCUAAGCAGCUUUUCUCGUGAUGAAGCCCAAGAUUUGGCGAAACGGUUUGGGGGUCGUGUCACUGGCCAAGCAUCUAGCAAGACAUCGUUCGUUGUAAUUGGAGAAGGGGCCGGGCCAGGCAAAAUGAAGAAAGUUACCUCCCUCGGUAUCAAGACUCUGGACGAAGACGGGUUUCUCAAUCUCAUCGGUACUCGUGAAGGCAAACUUGAUGCCAAAGCACAAGAAAAACAGAAGCAGGAGGAAGAAAAGAUCAAGCAAGCUGCGCGAGACAUGGAGCGGCGCGAGCGCGAAGCUGCAAAGGAAGCCAAGAAGGGUCAGAGUGCUGGAACUGCGCGCUCAGCGCCGGCACCACCCACCGCGCAACUUUGGACAACAAAAUACGCACCACAAUCCUUAAAGGAUGUGUGUGGUAACAAAGCACUUGUGGAUAAACUACAACUUUGGCUUCAUGAGUGGCAAGCGAGCGCUAAGGCAGGAUUCAAGAAACCAGGAAAGAAUGGAAUGAACACUUCACGAGCCGUUUUGCUUGCAGGUCCACCUGGUAUAGGAAAGACUACAAGCGCUCAUCUUGUUGCGAAGGCAGAAGGAUACACUCCCAUUGAGCUAAAUGCAAGUGACACUCGUAGUAAGAAAUUACUCGAAAACAGCGCUAAUAUCAACAAUACAUCACUCGAUGGGUGGAUGGCCGGUCAAGGGUCCUCCAAUGUAGCUGGCAUGGAGAUUACGGAUCGUACCGUGUUGAUUAUGGAUGAGGUUGACGGAAUGUCGGCAGGAGAUCGAGGUGGCGUUAGCGCGCUGAUUUCACUUAUCAAGAAAACCAAAGUUCCAGUUAUUUGCAUUGCCAAUGAUGAUAAAACUCCAAAGCUCAAGUCGUUGCUUCAUUCAGCAUUCAGACUAUCAUUCAGAAAACCUGAACCGCAAGCGAUUCGCUCACGGAUUUUGACAAUUGCGUUCAAGGAGAAGAUGAAAAUUCCCGCAAACGUCAUAGACCAACUUAUCGCUGGUACUCAGUCAGACAUCCGACAAGUUCUUAACAUGCUAUCGACAUGGAAGCUAUCUCAUGACACUAUGGACUUCGAUGAGGGGAAGGAACUUGUACGGCAAAACGAAAAAUACAGCAUCAAGAGCCCAUUUGAGGUCACAAACCAGAUUUUAGGCCCAUAUACUUUUAGCGCAACCUCUCGGCAUACUUUAAACGACAAGAUUGAGAUGUACUUCCAUGAUCAUGCUUUCGAGAACUACCUCAAGACGCAACCCGCGAAAACUUCGAAGCUAUCUGGCAGAGAUGUUGCACUGGAGCAACUGAAACUUAUGGACCGAGCCGCAUCUUCUAUUUCGGAUGGAGAUUUGGUUGAUACCAUGAUUCAUGGAACACAGCAGCAUUGGUCCCUCAUGCCGCUUCACGCCGUUACAUCGACAGUUAGGCCGGCUUCGUUCUUGUAUGGCACUGGCCUCGGCUAUGGUGGCCCCCUGCAAAUGACAUUCCCUCAAUGGCUUGGCCAGAACUCUAAACAAGGAAAACUACAGCGACAACUGGGAGAUAUCCAAAUACGAAUGCGCCUGAAAGUCUCUGGGAACAAAGCAGAAAUUCGACAAUCAUAUAUCCCGGCCCUACUGCCCCGUUUGGUCCGACCGCUUAUUGAAGAAGGCUCUAAUGGCGUCCCAACUGUUAUCGAAAUAAUGGAUGAGUACUACUUGUCCAAGGAGGAAUGGGAUGCAAUGCUUGAAUUGGGCAUUGGCCCCAACAAAGGCGAAGAUUUUGCCAGCAAGAUUAGCACAGCAACCAAGACAGCAUUUACACGCAAGUAUAACUCGACAGACCACCCUAUUGCUUUUCACAAACCCCAAGAAUUUGGGAGGCCGAGCACGAAAAUUGCAGCAGAGGCUAUGCCAGACCACGAAGAUGUCCUCGAGGUCGACGAUGAGCCCGAAGAGGAAGAGGAGAAACAACCCAAAGGCAAGGCCAAGGCGUCUGAGAUUGAGAAGGACAAGCUUAUCAAAGAAAGCAAGCCCAAGGCGGCGGCCAAGGGUGUAACCAAGGGACGCAAAGCGGCUGCUAAGAGCUAA